AUGAACGUCUCCAAUCGCACGCUAGAAUCGCUGGUAGCCUUGGGGGCGAAGAUCGAGCCCAUUCUGGAGCCCGUGCCUUAUCCGUUCGCCGUCACGGCGGACAGACUUGCCAUCAACAAGCCGUGCAGGUACUCGAAGCUGCUGAUGUGGAACAUGGUGCGCUACCGCAAGCUCAUCUACCUGGACUCGGACCUGCUCGUGCUGCACAACAUCGACGACCUCUUCCACCGCCCGCAACUCUCCGCCGCGCCCGACACGCUGCCGCCCGACAAGUUCAACAGCGGGCUCAUGGUGGUGGAGCCCAACCGCGCCAUGUUCAAAGACAUGCUCUCCAAGAUCGUCACCCUCGUCUCGCCCAACGUGGGCGACCAGGGCUUUCUCAACAGCUACUUCUCGUCGUGGUACCAGCAGGGCCCCGUGCACCACAUCGACUACACGUACAAUGCGCUCGUGCGCAUCUCCGUGUCGCCCGGCUGGCGCCUAUUCAUCGAGCCCAAGCUCAAGGUGCUGCACUUCUCGGGCAACACCAAGCCCUGGAACAUGAUGGUCGACCGCCAGUUCCCCACCACGAGGGCGUUCGACCACCGGUGGUGGGAGGUGUAUGACGACGUCUACUCCAUCCUGCACCGCCAGGCGCUCAAAUCCUCCAAGUCCUCCUCCUCCUCCUCCUCCUUCAACUCCCGCUCCACCCUAGACACCACCGCUGCUGCCACUGCAGCUGCUGCUGAGAAGGCUGGUGGUGGGGGGAGUGGAGGGGUUGGGGGGGGUGGGGAGAGCUUGGAGGCGGUGGCGACUGCUGCCCGGCUGGCAGCAGCAGCGGCAGCAGCAGCAGGGUCGCCCUCGGAGCCGCCCCAGCUGGCGCCGCAGUGCCAGCGGAACUACAUGGCGUAUGCACGCAAGCCACCGAUAACGGACAAGUUCAGUGUGAUCAUCAACUGCUUUGACCGCUUUGACCUCAUGCUCUACUUUGUGCGGCGCUACGCGCACUUUGAGUUCGUGCACAAGGUGUACAUCGUGUGGGGCAACACGCGCGUCACGCCCUUCCACCCCUCCUACUUCAACGUCUCCAAGCCCGUCGAGAUCCUCUACUCUGGCAUCGACUCGCUCAACGACCGCUUCAAACCCAUUCGGUCAGUGGAAAGAUGGCCAUACUCCUCCCUUCUCGCCCUGCCAUUCUCUUUCUCGCCCUGCCAUUCUCUUUCUUGCCCUGCUAAUCUCUUUCUUGCCCUGCCUCAUUCUUGUCCUCUAGAUUCCCCAUUCACGCGUGCCCCUCUCACUGCAUUCUGUUCCCCCAGCUCCCUGGAGACAGAGGCAGUGCUGAUGUGUGACGACGACAUCGAGGUGCAUCCAGGCGCGCUGCGCGUGGCGUUUGAGCGGUGGCAGGAGGAGAAGUACCGCCUCGUGGGCUUCUUCCCGCGCGCGCACUACCGCGAGGUGAACGGGCCGCGCAGCGGGCAGAUGACGUACGUGCUGACGCCGCGGCAGGAGUACAGCAUCGUGCUCACCAAGAUGUUCCUCAUGCACGGCGACUACCUGCGCGCCUACACCUGCAUCAUGCCGCAGCGCGUGCGCGAGUACGUGGAGCGCAACAAGAACUGUGAAGACAUCACCAUGAACUUCGUGGUGACUCAGCUGUCAGGGCUGCCGCCGCUGCUCAUGGAGGACCCCACGAAGCUGGACUACGGCACGUCGUCCGGGCUGUCGUCCCGAGGGAGCCACGACAACUCCAGGUCCGUGUGCAUGAACGACAUUGCCAUCAUGCUGGGGUACAUGUCACUGCGCAACACAUCCGAGGCCGUCACCUUCUUCGAACGAGACAAGAUGGUCAAGGUGGUGAGACGGCGCAGGCUGAGCACGGCGGCACACAUGGUGUUUGAGCCGGUGUUUGAUGCGUUUGAGCACCGCGGCAGCAAGCAGUUCCUCAAGCAGCUCACCUUCCAGCACCCCCUCAUCACCACUGAGAUCGCCCACGUGCCCACCCACACCGUCAACCGACACGUCAUGUGCAUCAAGGGGGACAACGACGAGGACAUGGACGACCCGGCGCGCAACCAGUACACGCUGCUCGACUUCGCCUCCGUGCCGCCCGACGCCGGCCACCUCUCAGGAAGCACCUUCAUCGCGCACAGCCAGUGGGGCUUCGAGGGCCGCUUCACGCUGCUGCACCUCGCCUCCUCCCUCGCCACCUGGCGCCGCUCCCACGGCUGCUUCGGCCCCGCCCGCCUCAUGCUCUUCCAGGACGGCAUGCUCCGCACGCAGAUAUCAGCGUGGGCCAGCAACCUGCUCAAGGCAGUGCUGGGGCCGGGAGCAGCGCCGCCGUUCAAGCCACCGGACGGGGUGACGCCGCAGUGCCUGGAGAACGCAGUGGUGCUGCGGCAGCGGGACACCUUCAACGCCGAUGAGUGCAGCAGCGACGCUCAAGAGCUGCGACGGAUUGUCCGUGCCUUUUGCCACACCCGGGUGCCAGCAGUGCCAGCACCAGAGGACCCGCCAGCGCUGCUGGGGGAGGAGGGCAUGGACGUACGCAUUGCGUUUGCGGGCGACGCGGACAACUGGGCGCGCAUGCCGUGGUUCAACUUCUCCCUCGCCGCCACCUGGAUCCGCCAGGAGUGCGCCGUCUUCUCGCUCUCCUGCGAGGUCGCCACGGUGCCAAGAGGGGAAUUCUGCCGUGUCAAGGUUUUGGGCCUGGGCCGAGCGGACAUCGUGAUUGGUCCGUGGGGAGACCGGGCUUUGGACAACAUAGUGUUCCUGCUGCCCGGCACAGCCGUGCUGGAGCUGUACCCAUCCAACGCACAUGAGGACGACCGCAAGACCGCCAAGCUCGAGGCCGAGUGCCUUGACCUCGCUUAUGAGCAG